AUGUGUCUUUUCUCCGUUGGGAUCUUCUUGGGUCUUCUCCCCUUAGGAUCUAGCCAGUUUCCACGGGCAUGUGCCAAUUCAGACAGUCUGUUGAGAAAGGAAUGCUGCCCCUCGUGGCCGGGGGACGGGUCCCCUUGUGGAGAGCUUUCAGGUCGGGGAUCUUGCAGAGAUAUCCUGCUUUCAGAUGCCCCGCUAGGACCUCAGUUCCCCUUCUCCGGAGUAGAUGACAGGGAAGACUGGCCUGCUGUCUUUUUUAACAGGACCUGCCAAUGCACAGGCAACUUCAUGGGCUUCAACUGUGGUGACUGCAAGUUCAACUUUGCGGGUUCCAAAUGCACUGAAAGAAAGGCACGGGUGAGGAGAGACAUCUUCCGGAUCAGUGCCAGGGAAAAGUAUCAGUUUCUCGCCUACCUCAACUUGGCCAAGCACACAACCAGCCGGGAUUUUGUUAUUGCCACUGGAACGUAUGCCCAGAUGAACAAUGGCUCAGCCCCCAUGUUCCGAAACAUCAAUGUCUAUGACCUCUUUGUCUGGAUGCAUUAUUAUGUGUCUCGGGAUACACUCCUUGGAGGCACCAGUGUGUGGCGGGACAUUGAUUUUGCCCAUGAAGCUCCAGGUUUCCUUCCUUGGCACCGACUUUUCCUGCUCAUGUGGGAACAUGAGAUCCAGAAGUUGACAGGGAAUGAGAACUUCACCAUCCCCUACUGGGACUGGCGAGAUGCCCAGGGAUGUGACGUCUGUACAGAUGAGUUUAUGGGUGGCAGACACCCAAGCAACCCAAACUUGCUGAGCCCAGGUUCUUUCUUCUCUUCAUGGCAGGUGAUUUGCAGCCGAUCAGAAGAGUACAACAGCCGCCAAGAACUUUGUAAUGGCACAAACGAAGGGCCUAUUCUUCGAAAUCCCGGCAACCAUGAUAAAGGGAGGACCCCUAGGCUUCCAACUUCUGCCGAGGUUGAAUUCUGUUUAAGUCUCACUCAGUAUGAAGCUGGAACCAUGGACAAAAUGGCCAACUUCAGCUUUAGGAACACUUUGGAAGGCUUUGCAAAUCCAAGCACUGCAAUAUCGAAUGUGUCUCAAAGCAGUCUGCAUAAUGCAUUGCACAUCUACAUGAAUGGAUCCAUGUCUGAGGUACAAGGAUCAGCCAAUGACCCUAUCUUCAUACUUCACCAUGCCUUUGUUGACAGCAUUUUUGAACAAUGGCUCAGAAGACACCAACCGCUACGUGAGGUUUACCCUGCAGCCAAUGCCCCUAUCGGACACAACCGUGAAUCUUACAUGGUCCCCUUCAUUCCUCUUUAUAGGAAUGGGGAAUUCUUCAUAUCAUCAAGAGAAUUAGGAUACGACUAUGAAUAUCUAAUAAAUCCAGACACCAAUCCCUUCCAGAAUUUUUUUCUACCUUAUUUGGAGCAAGCACGUCAGAUUUGGCCCUGGCUGGUGGGAGCUGCUGUGGUGGGUGCCAUUCUAAUGUUGAUUGCUGGAGUAAUUACACUACGAUGUCGGAAGAAGAGACGGAUCUCAGAGGAAACACAGCCACUACUCAUGGAGAGUGAUGAUUAUCAGCAUGUGACCUACCAAUCACACGUAUAACAGUGGCCUAGUAUCCCAACAUAGGGUGAAAUGUAUGUGGUGUGGGAAAUCUGUGGUAUAUGUUUCCAGUAUAUUUUUCCAAAGCUUGGUGCUGUGUCUGUGUUGUAUCUAAUGGGUU